AGAAAGGGUAUUUGUUGUAUCCCGUUUCAAGAAGUAUUUUGGCUCCUUUGUGUAUGGUUUUGAGGCGUAUGCUGACUGCAGGAUCGAUCCUGAGAAUCAUGAAAGCCUUAGCAAUUAUUGGUACUCUAGUGGGAGUAAUAAUAUUUCUCCUGCAACCAAAUGAUUCCCAAGCGAAAACCAAGAAAGGUCCACUGGUGACAACUAAGGUAUUCUUUGACAUUACAAUUGGUGGAGAAAAAUCUGGAAGGAUUGUCAUUGGUCUGUUUGGAAAAUCUGUCCCUAAAACGUCGAAAAACUUUGAAGCAUUAGCAACUGGAGAGAAAGGGUAUGGAUAUAAAGGUAGCAUAUUCCACAGAGUCAUCAAAGACUUCAUGAUACAAGGAGGUGACUUUGUAAAUGCUGAUGGAACAGGAGGGAGGAGUAUUUAUGGUGAUAGAUUUGAUGACGAGAACUUCAAACUGAAGCACUAUGGUCCAGGUUAUCUGAGUAUGGCUAAUGCUGGAAAGGACACUAAUGGAUCACAGUUCUUCAUCACUACUGUUAAAACACCCUGGCUGGAUGGCAAACAUGUAGUGUUUGGCAAGAUUUUAGAAGGAAUGGAUGUUGUUAGAAAGAUAGAGAAUACAGAAGUUAAGGGUAGCACGCCGGUGAAAGAUUGUAUGAUUGCAGACAGUGGAACUCUUCCUCUUGAUAAACCAUUCAAUGUUGAAAAAGAAAGCCAGUCAUAGUUGCAAACAUUGUACUAUGUUUAGGAAUGGAAUUCAUUUUAGACAACAAUGCAGCUGUCAGACCUUUUUUAUGUGUAUAAUAUUUAGGCCUUCUGUGAAGCUGGCUGAAGCAGAAGUUGAAAAAAAAAAAACAUUUAUGAUAAUAUUUCUAUGUAGAAUAGAUAACCACAGUUCCUGCAACGUCUUGCUUUUUUAUUGGUUUUACGCUAAUUGAAAAUAUGAAAUUUGAAGAAAAACAUUUGAAAAUUUCAUCAAUAUGUGAACCUCAGAUGUAGGUAAGACUCUUCCCUUAAACUUGAAAAAACUGCAAAUAUCAAAUAUCAGUGUAGGUUUCUGUUUACUUUGAGUACUAGAACUUUGAUUUAAUACCUUAUCUGAGUUCAUUACGAAUUAAGUGCUUAUAGGUAGUAAAUCCAAGCCCUUGUACCUAGUAUAACUUUUAUUAUAUCAUUAUGUAGUGCAAUACAAAACCAUGGCCUCUAUGAGUUGGGUUACCUGUGGUGUUUUUUUAUUUCUUUUCAGUUUUCCAUUGGAACUCAUGACUUUUGUCWGUAAAGUGUAAAGAUUUUUGCUAAUAGGAUAGAACUUGCUUUAUAAAAAAACAUUUUGUUUGUA